GAAAGCCAUCCGAUCAGCUGCACACACACACACACAUACACACACGCACACACACACAUACGGUAAUGCAGAGAGAAAGCAAAGAGAAGGGAGGGAGGGAGAAAGAGAGAGAGAGAGAGAGAGGUAGAGCGCCACACACAACGAGGGAACCCCAUCAGCUGGAAGUCGAGUAACAUUACAACUCUCAGCAGCCUCAAACUACUACAUUGCACAGACGAGGGAUCCAUAUCUUCUCUGAGGACAAACCCCCUGUCUGUUCACGAGUUUUCCCCUUUUUUUGCUCCGUAACGCCAUCAUUUUUCUUCAGACUGUUUGCUGUAUUUUAAUUUAUUUUUUUUUUUGGAGGUGGGAAGGGGGGGACCAAAAAACUGGCGAGAGGCGAGCAUGGAGUAUUUCAUGGUACCAGCUCAGAAGGUGCCCUCUUUGCAACAUUUCAGGAAAACGGAGAAAGAAGUGAUCGGAGGUCUUUGUAGGUAAGAACACCUGCGCUUCAUCCACCCGUGCCGCGUGUGCGAUCAUUGUUGUGAUUAUUAAAAGGCGUCUGUUUGGAGUACACGCACUUAGCGACGGCGGUGAGGCAACAUGCUUCAUCUGAUCUGUUAUUGUGUACACGACCCACUCACGAGCAGCUGAGAGCCUUAAUAACCAACUAAAUAAAUGACUAAAUAGCGUCCGAGCAGACAGAGGGACGUGUGAAUAUCUUAACAAUCUCCUCAUGUGGUUAUUUCCAACAUUUAGAUGCGAAAAAUGUGUAUUUUGUGGCUAACAAACAUAAACCACGUGGUUCCCUGCACACCACGCUGCUAUCCCUCUCCAGAGCGCAUCCUGCUCUAUUUAUCCUCAAAUUACCCCUCAGUGUUACAUUAAGGUGGCGUGAUUUGCAUAAGAAAGGGUACGGUUACACUAGCGGGUGUCAUACGACGUGAAAGGGUCUAUUUUCUGCCGUUCACAUCGUUAGGGUCGCCGAAUUCGCUCAGAGCGAUCCGAAGUUAUUGUGGGUAGUGCGGCCAUGCUUGUGGCUUGUGCUUAACGUGAUGAGGGGGUCUGGCGUUUGUUUCCUGUUUAUGGCGCCUUGUUUACCGUUACUUUCCACGAGAAAGCACAACACCGCGGCCAAAAUCGCCCCUACUCGACGUGGCGACAGUUUUUCAGGCGUUUUCGGGCGUCUUGUUCGCGCUACCGAGCCGCCUCCACUGCGUCUUUUCAUCCCGCACCUCUGCCAUGCUGCCUGCCGCAUUGUUAUAAUGGCGGAGGACACGAAAAGUCUGCUCGGAGCACGGAGGUGGUGGCUGGUACCAUGAUUAAAAAUGGCUCUUUUGGGGGUAUUAUUAAUUCAUUACCCAGAUAUACCCGGUGGGGAAGCAUUUGGCUUCGGCUAGGAGGCAGAAAAAUUAAAAGUGUUGUUUUUAAUCAGGGGGGUGUGUAUGUCGCGGAAGGCCCCUCGAUACGUCCGCAGACUUGUUUGAAGAGGGAGGCGGAGGGAUCUACUGCUGUUGCUGCUGGCUGCUCGUGGGGACAAGGGCAGUCUGGGAAAUGAAGUCCCUUUUGAUUUUUAAAUAAAUACUUAUUAAACAUGUAUUAAACGGAAAAAUGCGGAUAUUCUUCCAUUUUUUUGUCUUCAGUUACUGUUUAAUCUUAUCUUUGAUGUGAAAAGUACCAAAACGGGGACGUUUAACGGUGUUUUAAUGAUUAGUGUCGUGUCUGUCGUCGCUGUUAGGUUAUCGUUGCUUUGAUUUUUUUCUAUCUUUCUGUUUCUGUUUUCAUUAUAUCCUUUUAAAUGUUAGAAAGUACUGAAAACUGAUAUUUGGGAAUACUACAAAGGACCAUAACCAUUUUUACGACCAGUUAGUGUCCCAACUUUCAAAAAAAACUCCAAAAUUUUAAGCUAACCUGAAGUUUUAACUGGAUAUUAAACAGACCAAGGACAUCAGUGAUGCCAAUUGAUGUGAAAAGUACCACAGCUGGCACGUUUAACGGUGUUUUAAUGAUUAGUUUCGUGUCUGUCUUGACGCCGUUAGGUUAUCGUUGCUUUUAGAAAGAACUGAAAACUGAUAUUUGGGAAUACUAUAAAGGACCAUAACCAUUUUUACAACCAGUUAGUGUCCCAACUUCCAAAAGAAACUCUAAAGCUAAAUGCCACCACUAGAACUUAAUUAGCUAAUAAUAUUUACCUAACGUUAAGUUUCAACUUGAUAUUAAACAGGCUGAAGACAACAAUGAUGCUUAUUUGUGUUGAGCACAUCAAAUCAGACAACUAGCAAAUGAUUGACAAUUUCUGGUAGUUUGUAAUGUCUGUAAUCAAUGUGAGAGGAUUAGUGUCAGAUGAUUGGAUUUACAGAUUUAUACUUAAACAACAAUCAAUAUUCACAAUGAGUGUUAAAUUUGAUGUGUAAAGAAAACAGGGUGAGAUUUCCUGUCAGAAAACACAACUUGGAAAUGUACAGGGUAGGAUCAUUUUGAUAACAGAGGGAGCCAAAAUCGACACAAACAGAAAGUUCCUUACAGGUAUUUUUACACUGAUUUAAGAGGACUAAAACAGUCUGUUUAUUAGAAAAAUGACCUUAAUUUGAUCAAGUAUUUCUGCGAUAUCUUCAGGUUAACCAGCUGGUUAAACUCGACCCUUGUUUAAAGUUUAAAGCUGGGGCUUGGUGUGUGUCCUUGCCCUGGUUUGGGUUUGUGUAGUUUGGUUCUUGCUCAUUUGGUCAAGUUUUGGCAGUGGGUGGUUUUUGCUGGAUGUGCCACUGCGGUGUUGGUCCAUGUGCUCCCUGUGUGCGAGUGAGUGUGUGUGUCCGCACACACUCGUUUUCUCAUCUGUGUCUGCACAAUUGUUCCCCGUGUUUGCACUGGGGCAGCUGAGUCAGUACAGAUAAGGGCUUGGCUAGAGAGGGUCCCAGAGAUACUGGGCUUGAUACACAGUGGAUGUUAGAGGAAGUUGGCUUAGAAUUUCCCCUUAACUGAUUUACACUCUGUAGUAUAUAAUGUGGUUUCAUCACAGUUUGAGCUUAUAAAAAUUAAUUGGUUCAAGUAAAUCCUACAAAAGCUGAACUGGAGUUAACAGAGAAAUGGACCUUUUUCACAGUGUGGAUCUUAUGAGCUCUCCAAGACCUAAUUGGCUGGAACGUAAAACCUAAAAUCCAUUAAAAUUGUAUUUUAGAGUGUGAAUCAAACAAAUUGAUGGGACAUUUUCAGCUUGAAAGCAAUGGCUCAUUUUUACGAGAGCUGUCCUACUCGAUGAUACUAAUUGAUAGACUCAAAAGACAGUUGCACUCAUGGUAAAAAGCGAAGUUUUCUGUCAUUUGUAUCAAUAUUAAUGAUUUAAACAUCAUUUGAUCCAAACCACACAUUCUGGCCAUGAUUCUGCUGCAACCUCAUUACAGUGGAGGUGAUUAAAAACUCAGCAGCAAUGCGUCAUCAUAGAUAAUGCGCAGACCUUGCUGUUUUUGCCCCCUCAGCUGUGUACUUAUUCCAGUGAAAUGCCUAAAGCCAGUUUGUCAGAUUUGGAGAGGAAAGACACUGACAAUAAAAAAAAAGAUGAAGUUUUAAGAUAUGUAUGAUGACAGGGAUGCUGCAUUAACAUCUGUAUACUCAGCUUUGGUUGAAAACAGUCACUUCUCAUAUCAGAGGAAAUGAAAAGGAAGUUUCCCCUCAAAUUAGCGGCAUGAUACUCAGUCUGUGGAGGAACUAUAACCUGAACAUCUUUAAUAUUUUGGUGAGAUUUGGAGAAAAAGGAGUCAUUAUCCCAUGAGUAUAGAUGUGUUAAGAAGGCAGUAAUUGAUGCCCAUACAGAUAAUGUUUUAUUUUUAUAAAUCUGGAUGACUCAUUUGUAAAGAAAAAAUAGUUGUGUAACAUUUUAUUGGAUACAGCCAUGAGUUUUGAAUUUUGAAGUCAAAGUUUGAGACUUUUAAUCAUCUCAGUUAUCGUAUCUCUGUUUGUCGGACUGAUUUCUCUCCUCCCCCUUUUGUCCUCUCUCCAGUUUGGCCAACAUUCCUCUAACCCCAGAAACUGCCCGGGACCAAGAGAGGCGAAUUCGCAGGGAGAUUGCCAACAGCAACGAGCGUCGGCGUAUGCAGAGCAUCAAUGCUGGUUUUCAGUCACUUAAAACACUCAUCCCACACAGCGAUGGAGAGAAGCUCAGUAAGGUGGGUCACCCGGAGAGAUUUUAAUCAGGCGAUGAGUUAGAUUACACAGGUGUGGGCUCACCUUCCCGAAAGCGCUCUAACUUUGUUUUGCUCCUCUCUUUUUCUCUCUCCAGGCUGCAAUCCUGCAACAGACAGCUGAGUACAUUUUUACUUUGGAGCAGGAGAAGACACGGCUAUUGCAGCAGAACAGUCAGCUCAAACGAAUCAUACAAGUAAAGCAAAACUCAUCCAAACCUGUCAAAACAUUCUUAUUAUCGAUAUUCUUGUUACGGUCAGAAUUAUCAGAUCUGCCGUUUAACUAAAAGUGUCCCGUUUCUGUUGACUGUCUCAGGAGUUAAGCGGCUCCUCUCCUAAAAGGAGGCGUGCAGAGGAGAAGGAUGAAGGGAUUGGCUCACCAGACAUCCUGGAGGAGGAGAAGACUGAGGACUUAAGGAGGGAGAUGAUUGAGCUAAGGCAGCAGCUGGAGAAAGAGCGCUCAGUCAGGAUGAUGCUGGAAGAUCAGGUGAGGAUCCAGACUGUUUCUGAAAUCCGAAACCACGACGAGACCACAGAGUGUAACAUAAUGAUCAACACAGCCACCAUGAUGUCACUCCUUUGGUUGUGGGCUGCUGUUUUGACUCCGCGGGUUUGUUUUCUGGAGUAGUGAAACUGAAGAGGAGAGAGGAGUUAGCAAAUAUAAGACUAUGACGAUAAAACCGUCUGUGCCAAAGCCUGAUUCAGAAGCUGCCUUAUUAGUUAGCUAAUCUUAUAAGCUUGGUAAGGUGAGCACAGGGACAUAUACUUGCUAAUUAAUGCUAAUUGAUGCUAGUUUUAGUCUGAAUAAGCACAGAUGACUCUGCAGCGAGUCAUAUUUUAUUGAUGUUAGCCUAAAACAGUUUUUAAAAGCGCAUCAACUCCAUUAGAAAAUGGGCUGAGGCUGCAUUAGCUGACUGUCUCUGUCUGAAAUAUUCAUUAUUUUCAACCACAACUUGACUUUAAGCUAGUAAUUUUUUAUUAGAUUCAGAUCUUGGACAGUUGUCAUAAAUGGGAAAUAAGUAAAAGAUAUUCAUUCAUACAUAUUCAGUGAUCUUACAGUUGAACUCUUCACCCAAACGCUCCCUUGCUCGCCCCUCUCAUCAGUUAGGUGACGAUGGCCUUCAAGGACAAUAAGCUCCUGUGAUGUAUGAUGCGUAUAAUCCUCCUUUUGUCAAGUUUAACUGUCAAAACAUCCACCAAUACGACAACCAAUGCGCUUCACGUGGCCCUCCGCUACAUUAAAAAUGCAUAUGUUACAAGUUUGUCUGUUUGGUGCUACUGUAGACGGACCUGCUCCUUAGUUUUUCCAGAUAUACGUGAUCAUACCCUGGUUUUAAACAUACUUGCAAACACAGCUAACUGCAAACUGCACCUUUUAGCGAUUUAUUUACUUAAAGAGCCACCCCCAAGUGGCCAUUCAAGAAACUGCAGUCCUGGCACUUCAAUGUUUUCUAUUUUGUUGUUGCGUAUGCCGUAAAAAAUCAGCCACUGACAUUGUUUUAAGUUGCUUUUUCACAUUUUUACCUUGUUUUUUUUUGCUUGUUUGUUUGUUUUAGAUGCGUUCCCUUGAUGCACAGUUGUACCCUGAGAAGCUGAAGGCAAUCGCCCAGCUGGUCCAGGAGCAGCAGGCCCAAACACAAGGCCUCAUUCACCUGCAGCAGCACAAGCAGCUGGAGAGGGACCUAACUCCAGCCCACAGCCCACAGGUUGGAAAUGAGAUUUUGUCUAUCUGCAGAUAAUUUACAUGUUGUUGUGGACUGGAACAAUUUGAAAUUUGUUGCAUCUAGAGUGAGUUUUUAAUCAAACAUGUUCAGUAACAAUUUUUAAUGUUAAAUCAGCUCUACAUAUCAUUGACGACUUAGUCUAAAUUCAUCAUGGCUCGCACGGAAUUGCUGUCCUCUGUCCACACACCUGAACUAAUCUUACAUCAUAGUGUAGAUGUCACACGGUCAGUCGCACAUGACAGUCUCCUCCAUGUCCAGAGUUAGAGCUGUCAACAGCCGAGACGCAUUUACAAUGUGUUAAAUGAGCAGCUCUCACGGCUCUGCUGUGCCUGUCUCCUGCUCUGACAGCCGCGGUAUCCUGUUUCUGCAGGCUAACCCUCACUGAACAUGAUGCCAAAUCAAUCGGCCUGUGCUGUCGGCCAUCCGCAACUCCAGGCAGAGUGAUAGAUGGCUGAGACAGUGUGAUCCAGUCAUGUGAUGCUCCCAGGGAAGAGCUGAGCUAUACGACCUCAAAUCAAUGAUCCUAUAAAUUACUUAAAAAUUAGUAAAAGAAUAUCACUUAAAGUCAGAUUCAAACUAUCUUUGUUGUCUCAGAGAGGGGAUUCUGUGCAUGUGAUCACCUACCAGCCCUUCUGACUCCAAAGUCUGACCAAACGACAAAGAAAAGUUUCGCUCUAACUUUUCAAGAGCUUUCAUUUGCACCAUUCAGUACACUUGCACAAAAACUUAGAUUUACUAAAGUUAGAUUAGACUAUUUGAUUGGACUUCCUGUCUUGUCUCAUUAUUCAAGCACCGUGCAAAAACGUGUCUUUCUGCACCUGGUCUGUCUGAUAACGACAGGAAUGCUCCUGAAAACUGCCAAAGAAACGCCUCGGUGAUAGUGAAGUGUCGGAUCCUCUUGUUUGGUUUUGGUUGCAGCUGUUUCCAAGGUCGAAAAUGCACAAGUGGGAAUAACAAACGAACCAUAAUCAUACAUUAUUUUAAUUAUGAGCAUAUCUGAGUAUCUUACAAUCAUUGUCUUGUUGCACUGAAGUGGGGAAUUAACCGGCCCGUAAACAAGCCUAGAGAAAAAAAAACAGCUUUCCCAAGACUAAAGGACUAAAGAAAACACGGCUCUUUGAGAAAUUGCCAACAUCUGGUCAGGCUGAACCUCAGGAUGCUGCCCAGCUGUUUCCUGUUACUCUCCAUGUUAGUGCGUGUGUGUGGAGGCCAUCUUUUCGACUGUUUGAUUCUUAUAAUGAAAGGAUUAUUUAGCAGGUUUAUAAGUAUAUUUACAGAUAAUAAACCGGCACAGUGAAUGAGACUCUAACAAGAGCUCUUUUUUCAGCAGGUGCUGGCCCCAGCUACACCUCCUGCACCCACACACCAUGCUACAGUCAUCGUCCCUGCGCCUGUCCAGCCUCCUCAGCCCCAUCACGUCACCGUGGUAACCAUAGGACAAACAUCUGUUAUCAAUACGGUGUCUACAUCUCGACAGAACCUGGACACCAUCGUUCAAGUGAGACACAAACCUGUGAUUCAUUUCUGACUGGAAGUGUUUCUGUAUGCGAACACUAGAGGGUGCUGUCGUCCCUGACAUCGCUCAUCUCUCUUCUUCUCCCUUCAGGCAAUCCAGCACAUCGAGGGAAACCAGGGCAAGGGUGGCAUCGGGGAGGAGGAGCAGCGGAGGGCGGUCAUCGUCACUUCAGGUCGCGUCCUCUCCGACGCGGCCGGCUCAGACACGGCAUCGAACAGCGACGGACCCGACGACUGCUCACUGCCCUGAGUCCAACUCUGGCGUCGUAUACGCACACUUACACACAAACACACACACACAAACACUUAGAAUCAAAAGGCCCAAGCUGACCGGGGCUACUUCAUGCUACAAACCCACAGCACUCUUGUUCAGUGAACAUUUAUCGGGCUGGUAGACAGAUUGAAGCACUCGUUUUUUGUUUUUUGUCUUUUUUUUUUGUCUCUUUUUCUGCACACACUCAAACAUGAUGUACCGUGAUAGGCCGCCCGAGUAGGUUUACACUUAGACACGCAUACACGCAGCCUCUUCUGCGUCUUUUCUCUGCUUCUCUCUAGCUCUCACAAACUCAUGUCUGUUUAUUAAUCGAUAGAAAGGUUUUUAGAGCAACUGCUUCACUGAUUGACUUGUUAAUACUGGAAACUAGAUCUUCAUAUUGUCUGCUAAACAUCACCAUUAAUCAUCCGGGGACUACUCUCUUCUUUUGUUAUUGGCCUCAAAGCCAUGUGACUGAUCUGAAACAGGAGAAAAAGUCUGCGCAAAAGCCCAGAGGCGCGGCGCCGUCACCACCCAGCGCAGAGCGUCUCUGUUAAACAUCCUUUAAACCUCCUCUGAGCUGUUGGACACUGUGAGCUAACAAGACUGGCUUGUUUUCAAGUUCCACCUUCUUGGCUUCUGGAUGAGAGAUUCUUUUUUUAUUUUCCUCUUGUGAAGUCGACUAUUUUAUGCUUUUUUUUUUUUCUUUUCUUUUUAAUUGCUCCCUCAGCCCGCAAGUUAAAGUGAUUGUACUGGAAAAAAAAAAGCUUCUCGUUUUUGUUUAAAGGUGCUCUAAGGAAGCAAAGCUCAGAAGGAAAAAAAAAAACUUGCUGACUGGUUCACAACUAUUUUUUCUAUUUUGUUUGUUUCAUGUUCGUUGCCAUUCUUUUACUGGGCUGGGUUCCCAGUAAUCCCCUUUUCUGUUCAUGGCCUGAAAAAAUGCUUCGGCAUUUUUUUUCUUUUUUUUACAUUCUCCCCUCUCCGAUAUGAAAGCACCUGGCUUGUGAAAUAAGCUAAUCUUGAAUGACUUCCUCUGGUGUGUGUGUUUGCGUGUGUUUCCCUUCAAACCAGCAGGGCCGAGUGGCGUCUUAGACUCUGGCAGUCUGCAAGACCGCUGCUCUGCCUUGAAAUCAAGCACUCGCAUUUGAAAAACGACUGACAUACAAUCACUUGUUCGCUAAAUCGUAAGGGCUGGAUUUACCUAGCUCUUAGAGUACACUUCAAACUGAUGGAAAACGCCCUGUGUGAAAGUUUGAAUGUGUCACGCAGGUCGGCUAAAUAUGCUCUAUGCAUCUCCUUACAUAGAUCAUUUGUCCUUGCGUGCGCUUUUGCCUAGAUUAUACUUUUUAUUUUUGCCUGAAAGUGAUGGUUGACGGACAGGAUUUACGACAUGUAGCUGAGAGUGGCGGCAGCUCGCCUUACUGGUAGCCCGUGGGCGCAGGGAGGCACUGUAAAGCCAGCCUUAACACAGCCCUGGGUCCUGAGAGAUGUACCUGAACACUUGAUCUGUGCCGUUUGGGUGGCUACAGGAAUCCUUUCCAAACACCCGGGGCGUGUUCGAUUACAUGUUCCAAGUUAUUUUGUCUUUUUCCUCUUAUGUUCACUCUCAUAUGUUUGCCCCAGGAACGAACAGGUUGCUGGUUUUUGUAUUAUAACAAACGCUCCUCGUACUCUUCCCCUCUUAGUAUUCAAACUGUAUCUGAAUACUGACUUCUGGUUGCACUGUAUUCGUUCAUUUGCAACCCGUUUUCGCCCCCUUCAUGUGCACUACAAAAGGAAAAAUGUGGGAAGAAACUCCACAUGCGACGUUGACAUUCCAUUAGCUUUUACUCCUGAUUUCAUAUCAGGUAACUUCUCUGAGCUUCACCUGGUUUAUAAAGAGAUUUGCAUUCACAUUUAGAGCUUUUUGACACGUCACUGCUAUUUUAAAACUGUACUCUGUGAUAAACUCCCGCUUUCAACUGCUGGACAGAUAAUGUGUUCACCUGAACACGCCUCGGCUACCAUGAAUUUCGCCGUUUUAACUUCCCUUUAAGAAACUGUUGAUGUCAGCUGCACUGAGAUAAGUGACAUUUCUGUCGAAUUCAAUCAUGAGACAUCCUCCCAGUACUUGUCGCCAAAGGAAAGGGAUUCCUGGAUAAUCACAAGUCUCGGUUUGCGAUUUCUUCAUCUGUAGAGACCCCCUUCUUCUUUUUUUUUAAUAAGUUUCUACAUUUGGACAUUUUCCCGUUAAAGUCCAGGACGUUUUUGAUUUCCAUCUGUGUUUAACGGUCUGUUCUGUGUGUUAGGAAAUGUAACGUGGACAUAUCAGAUUGUUAGCGGAGUGGGGUGGGCCUGGGGAUCAUUCAACGGGGUCAAGAUAACAAAGCACUUACUGUACUCUACAGGAGUCUGCCUCUCUUUUUGUAUGAAGGGGCAUCUCCUCAGCUGAAGCUCUUGAGGUUAUGCGUAGAAACCGCACAGCUGUGUAUCUCCCUUUACCCCAUGUCCAAUCCUCCAUCUUGUUCUUUUUUGACCCUUAUAUGUUGUUUUUUUAUUUUAUUUCAUUUUUAAAGCCGUUUCUCCUCCCUUUUCUUUUGUCUGUUCUCUGUAACCUUUUCUUUUUUUUUUUUGUCAGACCAGUCUGUGCAUAUGGUCAUCAAGAAGCUAUUUUGUUUUUUGUUUUAUAAGAGAAAAGUUUUGGGGAUAAAGAGGCUUGUGCCUUUGUAAAGACAGAAUAAUAAAGUUUGUACUUUGUUUUUUACGCA